CUGGUUUAAAUGCCACAGCAACAUAUGUGAAUGAAGAUCAUGAUAAUACUCAUAAAGAAUCCAGACCAAGUGUUAAAGUUGUUGCUGCCAUUGAAAUUGGUACAACAUACAGUGGGUAUGCCUUUUCGUUCGCCCACGAUCCGAAUAACGUGAUUAUCAACACGAACUGGUUAUAUGGUGGCUCAUCAACCGAAAUAGCGACUAAAACACCGACGAUUGUUCUUCUCGACAACAAAGGCGACUUUCACUCAUUUGGAUUUGAUGCAGAAAAAUAUUAUUUAUCGCUUACAAACCACCAAGGCUGGAGAUUGUUCAGACGUUUUAAAAUGGCAUUGCAUAAGAACUGUUCCCUGGAUGCGACUAUCGAUGACCUAGAAGGCAAUCCGUAUCCCGCGAUAGAAUUAUUUACCACUACAUUGCGAUUUCUGAACGGACACCUCUUAAAAGCUUUGCAUACAAAAUCAUCGACAGUGCUUGAAACCGAGAUACAGUAUAUUAUAACUGUGCCUGCCGUAUGGACUGAUGAGGCCAGACACUUUAUGAAAGAGUCUGCUUUCAGGGCUGGAAUCAAUAAAGAAAGACUGGAAUUGGUGGUUGAUUCGGAAGCGGCGGCCACUUGGUGGACAGGUGUAAACAUAAAAGACAAUCCAGACAUUAAUUUACAGACAUCCGGGUCCAAAUGGUUGGUUGUAAAAAUUGGAGGCGGGACUGCAAAUGUAUUAGCAUACGAAGUAUUACCUAAAGGCAAAGUCAAGGUCAUACAAAAAGCGAGCGGCGGAGCCUGGGGCUUUACAAACGUCGAGCAGCAGCUUUUGGAAAAUCUAGAUCAAGAACUAGGAGUUGGAAAUUUAGACAAAUUACGCAGAGAGCACAUAGGAGAUUAUUACGAACUUUUACAAGAAAUUGAAGAUAAAACCCGAUCAAGAUAUAUUUUUUCACAAGAUGCCUGUGUUGUGAGGCUCCCGUAUUCACUGUCCCAAGAAGUAAAAAAACAUCGCAUACAAACAGCGAAGAUUAAAACAUGGUUUGAUAGCGAACUUUCAAGUUUUAUUGAUCACAUUAAAACUGUUUUAAAUACUAAUCUCAGUUUAAGGGAGUUAACGAAUAUUGUUUUAGUCGACAGAUUUGCCGAAUCGAUGUAUGUUCAAAACAUGUUGAGCGAUGCAUUUACAGAAUUAAAAGUGAUUAUACCUCAAGAUCCGAAAUUAGCAGUGCUAAAAGGAGCCGUUUUGUAUGGACACAACAGUGGUACUGACAUAUCCAAUCAGAGUGAUAGCAUAUAGGCAUAGUAUGCACAUCGAUGGUUUAUUUUGUAUGGGGUUAAUCUUGAUCGCUCGCGAGGGAUUUGCUGAUGAUUGAAUUGAUAUGGAAUAUGCAAACAUUUACGCCGUUUACCGACGAUUGCCAAACGUGAAUCAUACGUAUGUGGAGGAUUCCUUUAGAUCCGUUCUGUAAAUUUUGCAAACAACGUUAGGACAAUUUAGAACAUUUGUUCUGGGAAUGUGAAUUAUCUAAACAAUUAUUGAAGAAAUGUUACCAGGACAAUCUUUCCCUUUCAUAAAUAAGACCAUUUUACUACUGGAAUAUUUUACAAAGUCCAAUAGAGCCAUAAAUCAUGGUAUUUUGUACAUAAGACUGUAUUUGUAAAAUAAUAAAACGCAUACCAAGGUGCAACAAAAUACUGAAGUAAGAAAACGAUAACUUUAGAAAAAUAUCAGUUUAAAAAAAUACAUUGAAAGCAAAUAGAAAUUGCUAAGUUCUAUGUUUCACAACGUAAUGUUAACAUUUAUUGAGUGUUGUAUAUUUUGCAACCUUUUACAACUAAUGGCAUUGAGUUG